AUGGAAGUCAACGUAUCAUGUUAUUGUAUAUGGCCAGAGGAAAAGGAAAAUGGACUUACUAAUGGUAUCCAUACCAGAAGUAACUGCCUAGCUCGUCAUACAGUGUCUAGUGGCUGGUCCAAUCGUAAUUUAUUAGCCUUUUCUGCUUCCAGCAAGUCCAAGUUGGAAGAUUCAAUCAAUUCCGACUUUGUUUCUGAACAUGUAUCGGAGAUAAUUCAACUUGCCUGGGAUUCUCAUGGUACUCGAUUAUUAUCUGCUGAUAGCAAUGGAAUAAUUAAAACUUGGCAAAUGCAAGAUAACUUUAUAAAUCAGUGGAAAUGUACUUCCUCUAAUGAUCUUGGAGAAGGUGAACAUGUACGAGCUGUUCGCUGGUUAGAUACCUCAGCUAAGGAGCAUUACAUUGAUAGCAAGUGUAAAGAUAAAGAAUCCUUUUUUGAGAAAUUUCCGUAUGCAGUUAAGAAGACUCCAUUCGUCCGAUAUGGAGGUCGUCCAACGCAAGCCUGGAUUGCAAUUACUGCAACUGGAAUGAUUUACGUCACAGUGCUUGAUCCAGUUACUAGAGGUAAACUCCGACUAGAUUUACCUAGUGGCUAUCGUCUUUGUAUUAGCAGUGCUGAUGUAACGUAUAAUUAUCAGGAUUCUUUCGUAGACCAAGUCAGAUUUCUACCGCAAGAUGCAAAAUCAGCGCCUGCUCUACUGGUUUUAUCAUCAGGCUAUUCGCAAAGUACCAUACAGUUAUUUACCUUAACUACGGAACCAGUAUUAAUCCACAGCGCAUUUAAUAACCCUAACCUUGCUGAACGUGAUAUUCCAGUCGAGGAGAUCUGGUCCUGCGCUGCUAUAUAUCCUUGCGGUGAAAAAGUUAGCUGCUUUUCAUUUUCUACAUUUCCAAUUGCUCCCUCAUCCGGUGACGCAGAUUAUAGUAAGAACGCUAACUCGCAUAUAAUGUUGGCUUGUCAGAAAGGAAACUUGAUUUUACUGAAUCGAAGCUCUUUAAGUAUUGCAGCGUGUUGUAAUACCCCAUUUGGAGCUGUUGAUGAUCCUUUGGAUUGGGCAUUCGGAUCUGACCGAACUGUAAAAAGUAUCAGUUUCUCUCCCUGUGGUUUGUGUACUGCUGUAAUAAAUGGUAGAGGAGACGUUGCAAUUUGCAGAAUUCGCUUGUCGUCUUCGUUUGACAAUUCAGGUAGUGAAUGCUUUAGCUGCUAUGUCACAUUGUUAGAAUACUGUCUUACUACUGGUAUAGAGUAUUGGGAUAUCUUACAUUCUAUUUCUGCAACCUUUGGUCCUAGCAUUGAUGUAGUAUCCAAAAUGAUAGCUUAUAUCAAGAAUGAUCUUUCUAAGCAAGCUCAGCCACUUCGAGAAUCACUUCAGUUGCGUUUUGCAGUAAUGUGUGCAGCACUAUACCGCUAUGGAUCGGAUGAACAUGGCCGUUUCGUCGAUCAACGAUGUCGUAUAAUUUUAUACUGUAUAUGCAAAUUUUUACACUUCGAAAUACUGCAUAAGUACCAGUCUAAGAAUACUGAAAGUAACCCUAUCUUAAAACUAGAAGACGCUUGCAACAGUGACACUGAUGGAAAUUUAGCAGCUACAGUGUCACGAUUAGAAGCUACCGAAUAUGUACUUAAUCCUGGCGUUAUCCAUCACGUCCGAGCAAUGAUUGAUUGGAUUGGAAACUACGCUUUAUUAUUAGCUGCUACCGUAUCCGCACGGGAAAUUAUACAGGAGGCUUAUGGAGUAACAGACAUGGAAGUCGUGCGCAACUUGCGCAUGUUGCUAUUACUAGUAAGUACCUGGGGACAGGGGAAUGCGGCCUUUUAUCCACGAUUUUAUCCUCAAUCAGAUCCGGUGCCAAGUUUAUCUACAAUUUAUCGAAUAUUAACCAAAGUCUGGAUGUGUUACAAGAAUGAUAACAAGUUGGAUAGUAUCAUCCAAUAUUUAUCAGAUAAGGAUCAACUGCCAUCAUUGCAGUCACUUAUGGACACUAGAGGAGCUUUCUUAUGUAUUUCUGAUAGGUUACUUUUGGGUCCAAAUAUCGCUUUCUUCCGUUUUGGAGAAAAUCCAUCCACUGAACCUAACAUGCGCUAUGAUGUUAUCAGAUUGAUGGCAAUCAAUCCAUUUUAUAACGAGAACUUAAGGCAGUGUGUCAGGUGCGGUGGCUUAAGCAUGAUAACUAUGAAUUCUUCCAUUGACGAUAACUACAAUUGGAAUAGUAGAUGGAUUGCGAAGUGUAUUUGUGGUGGAUCAUGGUUUAAGUUAUAG